AUGGACGAGAAACGACCACCCAGCGGCUCGCCGCCUGCUUCCUCCACGCCAGGCGGCACCCAAGCCAACACCACGACCGCACCCUCCGAGGCCGGCCACGCUCGCGCCCACUUCGACGCAGAGAAGCUCGACACCACCCUCACCCGCAUGCGCUCCGAUGGCAAGGUCGAGAUCACCGAGGACGAAUGCUACGAUGAGCUUGGCUAUUCUUUCCCCACAUGGAAGAAGUGGAUGAUCCUCACCAUCAUCUUUUGGAUCCAGGUGUCGAUGAACUUCAACACCUCGCUCUACUCCAACGGCCUGCAGGGAAUCUCGGACGAGUUCGGCGUCAGUCUCCAAGCUGCGAGAUGUGGUGCCAUGAUUUUCUUGGUGGCGUAUGCGUUUGGAUGCGAGCUGUGGGCGCCCUGGUCGGAAGAGGUGGGGAGGAAGCCCAUCUUGCAGCUGAGCCUGUUCUUGGUCAACAUCUGGCAGCUGCCCGUGGCACUGGCGCCCAACUUUGCAUCCAUCAUGGUGGGCCGCUUCCUCGGAGGCCUCUCGUCGGCGGGCGGAUCGGUGACGCUGGGUAUGAUCGCCGACAUGUGGGAUGCGGAUACGCAGCAGUACGCUGUCGCAUAUGUCGUUUUCUCCUCCGUUGGUGGCUCUGUGCUGGGUCCCGUCGUCGGUGGAUUCGUCGAGGCCAACCUCAGUUGGCGAUGGACCAUCUGGAUCCAGCUAAUCUUCGGAGGCGCUGUUCAGCUCGCCCAUCUCUUCCUCGUCCCCGAGACCCGUUCGACCAUCAUGAUGGACCGCAUCGCCAAGAAACGCCGCAAGUCGGGCCAAAGCCCCAACGUAUACGGCCCCAACGAGCUGCGUCCCUUCAAAGAGCGCUUUUCAGCAAAAGAGAUCCUCGUCACCUGGAUUCGACCAUUCCACAUGUUCCUCACCGAGCCCAUCGUCCUCGUCCUCUCUCUGCUGUCCGGUUUCAGCGACGCGCUGAUCUUCAUCUUCCUCCAAUCCUACUCGCUCGUCUACAAGCAGUGGAACUUCAGCACCGUCGCUAUCGGGCUUGCUUUCCUUCCCCUGCUGGUCGGCUACUUCAUCGGCUACGGCAUCUACAUCGUUGCCAUCGGGCACAUGAAAAAGGUCAAGGCGGCGAAACCGGACAGCGAGCAUGCGCAAUUUGAGUCGCGUCUGUACUGGUUGCUCUUCGUUGCGCCUCUCUUGCCGAUCGGACUCAUUGGGUUUGCAUGGACGUCCGUGGGACCUCCCGUGCACUGGAUCGGCACUAUGGUCUUCGCUGCCUGCAUCGGCAUCGCCAACUUCUCCAUCUACGGCAGCACCAUCGACUACAUGAUCGCCGCCUACGGACCAUACUCCGCCUCGGCGACAGGUGGCAACGGGUGGAGUCGCGACUUCCUAGCCGGCGUCCUCACCAUCCCUGCCACCCCAUUCUAUACCAACAUCGGCGCGUCCAAAGGGCGAAACCUCGAGUACGCCUCGACGAUCCUCUUCUGCAUCGCUACGGUGCUGGUUGCCGCCGUGUAUGUGAUCUAUUGGAAGGGACCUGUGUUGCGCAAGCGCUCGCCGUUUGCACAGCAGCUCAACGCCGAGCGACAGGGUGCAACCACGAGAGAUGGGCACAAGGAGAGACUCACCGGUGCGCACAAGAGACCCGUCACCGGGCUGGGCAGCCGACAGAACUCGUUCCACACCUCGCAGCAUGCUGCUUCUCGCAAUGCUAGCAGGAACGCCAGCAGAGCGGCCAGCAGGAACGUCUCGCGCGCCAACUCGAUCUCGGGAGACGAUAGCAGCGCCGAAGUGCCCGCAAGAACCGCCUAG